UUUGCAACGUGGGGUGGGGAACAAAGGGGACGGGGAAAACUGGAAAAUUAAAGCCAUGUACUCUAUGUACCUCUUCUGGUAACGGUCAAGAAAAAAGAAAGCCCUGCUGCCUCCGUGCGGUGAUGAUUCAUAUCCACCACCACACCCACCGAUUGUAUAUAUAUGUUCUCAUGGCCGUCCCAUGCGCUCCCGUCCCAUGCCCCCAUCUCCAUUACUCGAUACCCCAGAUUAGUUACUAGUAGCCAUAGAGCAGUAAUACAUAAUAUUCUAUCAUCAUCAUCAACAGCUCUCUACUAGCUUUUCUACUUAUACAAGCUGGAAUAUCUGUCAUCGACUAGUCGCAUCUACUGACUUCCACACGAAAAUCGACCCGCCUAUUGCGAAAUAUCCCGACUUGAAAGCUGCUACUAUUUGAAGGAAAAAAAGGAAGAUCUUCCGCUACUACUACUACUACUACUACGGAAACCCACAUUACAUCACUCAAAAUGUAUAGCCCAUACGGCUCUUAUAGCUCCAUGAGCGAAGCUGCUCAACCGAUGGAGAUCCCAACCACGAGCUACCUCGCCCGCAACAGCGUCUACAGCGCGAGCUGCGCGUUCCCAUCGUGGCCGCGCCGCUCGUCCCUUACCGACUCCGCGCACGAGGAGCGAGCGACGUCCUACCUCUCCGACGACGACCUGUUCCCCUGCGACAUGACGGAGGACGACGCGCACAGCGUGUCGAGCGCGGGCAGCACGACGCCCACCUCGCCCGUCGUCGCCAACGAGGUCGACCUCCUACGCAUGCAGCGCGAACAGAUGGCCAUGCAACGCGAAGCCAUCAAGUUCCUCCUUAGCGAGAAGGAGCGCAGGAAGCAGCAGCUCAAGCGCCAGCGCCGCAGCAGCGGCGGUAGCUCUAAGAAGAGCAGCCCCAAGUCCUCCAAGUCGGCGCACCUCGAUGCCAUCGCCGAGACUGGCGAGUGAGCAUUUGAUUUCUGGUUUCGUGUCGAUUCAGCGUUUUUAUGAAGUAUGACUACCUAUACAUUUACGACUAUUAUGAUGAUUAUACCCCCAACCCAACCACGAUACCCCCUUCCCUUCCGGAUUCACACGUCGCCAAGA